GAUGAGCUCAGUAGGGCAGAAGAAAGUUUCAGACCAGUAGAGGAGCCCAGUGGCUGAGAGUGGAGAGAAUUUGGAGAGAAUCUGGAGAUGGGGCUUGGAAUGUGAGGUGAAACAUCUUUACUCAGAGCCUGUAGAGCGACUGCUACUAUCACUUUAAGAGAAGGAGGAGCAAGCAGAGCCUAAAUAUUCCCUCAGCCUGAAACCUUCCAGGGAAAAUGAAGUGAAAGCAGCUCGCGGAGCCUGAUGGCGAUCCACUCGGGGAUGUGUCACUCACAGAGCUGAGACGAGAAGAAGACAGGUCAUUCCAUGUUCUCCAGCAGAUUCCCCUCCUCCUCCUCAUGUGUCUUAUUGUAUCUGAUCGGAUCCAGCAGUGAUGGAAUCUCGGGUGCCGUUUAACCCCGUGAGCGCCGGCGCUUGUUGUGUUUGCAGCAGACGUGCCUCUGUCCCCUCCCUGAGUCCAAGAGGACAGACCUGUGUCUGAUGUCUGUACAGUCCAGUUGAGAGAACAAGUUUACAGGAAGAGAGAAGACAUGGGGGAGUGGGGCUUCCUAAGCUCGUUGCUGGAUGCAGUGCAGGAGCACUCUCCUAUGGUGGGACGUUUCUGGCUGGUGGUUAUGCUGAUAUUCCGCAUCCUUAUCUUGGCCACGGUUGGGAGUGAUAUGUUUGAAGACGAGCAAGAAGAGUUUGUGUGUAACACCAUGCAGCCGGGUUGCAGACAGGUCUGCUACGACCGUGCCUUCCCCAUCUCCCACUAUCGAUUUUGGGUUUUUCACAUUGUGCUGUUAUCGGCCCCAGCUGUACUUUUUGUCAUUUACUCCAUGCAUCAGAAUUCGAAGAUGGGAAGAGACGCCGAAGAGGAGGAAUCCGCAAGAGUCAUACAGCAGGCUACCGUGAGGUCAAAAACAAGGCCAGAGCAGCGCGGGCGCCACAUACGUACCUUUUAUAUCGCCAAUGUGGUUAUGAGGAUUUUAGCAGAGAUUGGAUUUCUUGUCGGACAGUGGCUUCUCUAUGGGUUUAGGGUGGACGCUCAAUAUCUUUGCCAACGUGCUCCCUGCACGCAUACUGUGGAUUGCUUUGUAUCAAGGCCCACGGAAAAGACAAUUUUCCUUCAAUUUUACUUUGUGGUGGGCGUCAUCUCUGCCUUUCUUAGCGUGUGUGAACUUCUGCACAUUUUGCUAAAGGGAAAGUGUAGGUCGGUGGAAGCUGAUGGCCCAAGCCCGCCUCCAGCCUAUGAAAGGGACAACUGGUCUAACCGGGAGCAUGAGAUGACCAAUCAUUUCCUGCUCCAAAAUCAAACACGGGACCACAGGGAAAUCCGAAGAUCUGAUGGACACCGGCUCUCCAUCCCAUACUCUCAAAGCACAACCUACAAGCUCAAGGUGGUUCCCAGCUCAUCUAAUAGUAGCAAAUCUUCCAGGUUACUCGUCAAAGGAGAUUUAACCGUCUAGUUGGGGGGGGGUGUUAACUUCUCUGCUUUAAACUUUUUACGACAAAAACAGGGGAAAUGUCUCCAUUUCUCAAAAAGAAUCCUCUGUCAGACCUUCAUUAACUGGGAGGCAAAAUAUGGUGCAUCUGGCUUCUUGGCUAAGCAAAUGAACAUUUGUGUAUUAUCAAACUCUCCUCUUCAAAGACAUCUGAAAAACAAAUGCCAAAUGAGAAUGCCAAUAAGGUCUCUGCUGUUUCAACAACCUGGCCAGACAUGAGACCCAAAAUAAUAAGUGUCAGGUGAUCUAUUCUACAUAGUGGCCAAUGCCAUGGGGUGAACUCCUCUUGACAACAUUAUCUCCUGAGUGCCUUAAAGGUAAAACAUGCCCAUGUUUGUAAACUGCAAUAAUCUUCCAUUUGUUUUCCACAAACAUGCCAAAACUAGAUGUUUUUCCCAUAUAGAUAGAACCUUUCAUACUUCUUGCCUCAUAUGAGACAUUGUUCCUCAAGAGUAAUCACUUGGCCAAGGGGGGGGCAAUAUGUCAGCUCUUUGAUAUUUAUAAAGACAAAUAAAUGGAAGAUAGAAGGCACUUUAUAUCUGUGGGGUAUAUUUCAUUUCAACCUAAUGACCGGCCAGUUGGGUAGGUGAGAUGUGCCUUUGUUGAGAAAAAGGGUGCUAUUACAAAUAUAAAAAUAAAGAAAAAAAACAACAAGCUGAACCUUUAAGACGGCUUAUUGCCAAAACUCCUCUUGCCGUUCAUUCAUAUAUGUACUCUCCCUCUGUGGCUUGCCCUGCUGCAAUACCAGCUGGAAGAGGGACUCGCUAGGCUAUAAUAACAGAAUAAUGUCCUACUUUUCACAUUUCUCCCUUCCUGCGUUAUUUAUAUCUGUAAAUAUUUGUACUUUUAAGUAUUUUUAUUGAUUUACAGUAAAGGCAGGGCUUAAAAUA